AUGUUGAUCGCCCUCAUCGGUCCACCGGGGGCUGGCAAAGCGUCUGUCGCUCACUACCUCUCCGACCAGCAUGACUUCCAGCUGCUCAAGAUCGACCCCCUCUCAUCCUCUGACGAUGCUGCGACCACGACCACCGCUCCCAAAAUCACCUCGCUACCGAGCUCGAAACUGAUGCUCGACUACGUCACGGAUCGAUGGGAUCAGCGCUUCGUCACGCUCGACUUGCACACAGUCGGCGAUCUGGAUGCGUUUAUCAAGCGACCCUUCUUCCUGUGUGUUGAGGUGGGUGCACCCCUGUUGAUGCGAUGGGAGCGGUUUCAGUCGAAACAUGGCCCGGUUGGGUUGGAGCAGUUUGUGCGCAUCGACGAUGCACUUUCGUUCGGUAGUCCGUCAGCGCCCAGUUCCAACGGUGUGUCAGGUGGGCGGCCAGCGCUGGCGAGCGGAUCGAGCAGUAGCUCGUUGACCGGCGGCAAUGGGAUCAUCGACAAUGUGGCUAGCAUAUCGCUGCGUUCAUCUUCUUCCACUUCCGCCUUCGCCUCGGGUGGCGCUGAUGCCCCUUCCAACCCAAACACACCACCUACUGGUCUGACCGCACUACGCCGCUAUGUCCACCUCAGCAUCAACAACGACUUCGCGCACCUUUCCUCACUUGAUACCCACCUUACGACGCUCAACUUGCCCUCAGAAGAACGCCUGCGUCCCUGCUGGGAUACGUACUUCCUCAAACUGUGCAACCUCGCCUCGCUGCGCAGCAACUGCAUGAAGCGCCGUGUCGGCGCGGUCCUCGUCGCCUCGAACCGCAUCCUCGCUACAGGCUACAACGGCACUCCCUCCGGCCUCAAGAACUGCAACCAAGGAGGAUGCGCGCGGUGCAAUAACACUCUUACCACAACAGCACAGGUGUCCGGGUCGCGCACGGGCAGCAGCGCAUGCGGCCAAAAUCUCGACGAGUGCCUCUGCCUCCACGCCGAGGAAAAUGCACUGCUCGAGGCAGGCAGGGGCAAGAUCGCAGCCGGUGGCGCGACCAUGUAUUGCAAUACUUGUCCCUGCUUGCGGUGUGCGGUCAAGAUCAUUCAAACGGGGAUCAAGAAGGUGGUAUAUCAGUUGGAGUACAGUAUGGAUACUCGGACAAAGAUGAUCUUCGCCGAGGCAGGAGUAGAGAUUAGGCAGUUUCAUCUUGACGCUUGA